AUGUGUUCAACGGCAGGGAUAAUGGCAAUGGAUCUUGAUCUUAAGUUUACCAGCUGUGGAAGAAUGAUAAUAGACAUGGAAGGCGACCUAAGAAAGACUCAGCAAAUCUUGGGCAUCCACGUUUCGUUUCCUCAUCAAAUUACAUGGCAAGAUGACGUGUAUCAAUUUCAUUGGCUAAAACACGUAUCCCCGUCCACGGUAUCAAACAUAAGAAGGGGUUUUUCUACUCUGCGCCCGCAAGCUAGCUCAAAUUUAAAUCUCGUUGAUGCAUUCUACGGAUCAUCAUCACCUGUUCUUCAGCUCACUCCUUCUAAUUUCAAGUCUAAGGUUGUAAAUUCAAACAGUGUUGUACUAGUCGAGUUCUUUGCACCAUGGUGUGGCCACUGUCAAGCUUUAACACCAAUAUGGGAAAAAGCAGCUUCUGUCUUAAAAGGUGUAGCAACUGUUGCAGCCAUUGAUGCUGAUGCAAACCCAACUAUUGCUCAGGAAUAUGGUAUCAAAGGGUUUCCAACUAUCAAAGUCUUUGUCCCUGGAAAACCUCCUGUUGAUUACCAAGGAGCUAGAGAAGCAAAACCAAUCGCAGAAUUUGCACUCAAACAAGUGAAGGCACUCCUUAAAGACAGAUUAAGUGGAAAAACUACAACUACUGAAUCAAAUCUUUGGGUGGUUGAAUUCUUUGCACCUUGGUGUGGACACUGUAAAAAGCUUGCACCUGAAUGGAAGAAGGCUGCAAAGAAUUUACAAGGAAAGGUGAAGCUUGGACAUGUGAACUGUGAUGACGAAAAGUCUUUAAUGAGCAGGUUUAAGGUACAAGGGUUCCCAACUAUAUUAGUAUUUGGUGCAGAUAAAGAGAGUCCAAUCACAUAUGAAGGAGCAAGAACUGCAUCUGCAAUUGAAUCAUUUGCCCUUGUUCAGCUAGAAACAAAUGUUGCUCCUCCUGAAGUGACCGAGUUGACUAGCUCAGAUGUGAUGGAAGAGAAAUGUGGUUCGGCUGCUAUCUGUUUUGUUUCCUUCCUCCCUGAUAUUUUGGACUCUAAGGCUGAGGGAAGGAAUAAGUAUAUAGAGAUGCUUCUAUCAGUUGCUGAAAAGUUCAAAAGGAGUCCUUACAGCUACGUAUGGGCCGCGGCAGGUAAACAAGCAGAACUUGAGAAGCACGUAGGCGUUGGUGGCUACGGGUAUCCGGCUUUGGUAGCUUUAAACAUUAAAAAAGGCGCAUAUGCACCACUUAGAAGUGCAUUUGAAAAGGACCAAAUUAUUGAGUUUGUGAAAAUGGCGGGACUUGGUGGGAAAGGUAACCUUCCAUUAGAAGGGACACCUGUGGUUGUGAAAAUGGAACCAUGGGAUGGGAAAGAUAGGGAGAUUAUUGAAGAGGAUGAGUUUUCACUUGAAGAACUUAUGGGUGGAGGAAGUGAUGAGAAAGAUGAGUUGUGAGUUUGAGUUGAAUGAAUUCGUGAUUGUGUUGGAGAAAAGAUUUUUGGGUUCGUUAUUCGAUGGUUGUGAGACAAUGGGCACCCUUGUAGUCGUCGUAAUUGUGGUGUAAUACUCGUGAUUUUAGAGUUAGUUGAUGUUUUGAUAAUGUCAUACGAGUAAAAGUUAUGAAAAGGUAAUUUGCGUAUUUUUACAAAUGC